AUGGCGCAAUACUACAAUCAGUACGGCGCCUCUGCAUCGCCCUCAGCAACCGAGAACCUCCAAUUCUACCACGGCUCCUACCAAGCCGCGCCCUCACAAGCUCCCCCGGCCAGCUACGGCGUCCCUCCUGGCGGCGGCUAUCGCGAACAGACUGGCCUGAGGACGGGAUGGCUGGCGGCCUUUUCCGCAGAGGGCUACGACAACGAGCCGUCAUUACGAGAGGAGCUGGGCGUCGACUUUGCGCACAUGCAGGCCAAGACGCUGGCCGUCCUCAACCCGUUUUCUCCUAUCGAGCGGCUGGAGCAUGUUAUGAACGACUCUGAUUUGGCUGGGCCUUUGCUAUUUGUGAUUCUGUUUGGCGCCUUUUUGCUUUGCAGCGGGCAGGUUCACUUUGGCUAUGUUUACAGUCUGGCGGUUAUGGGCUCGACUACGUUGUAUAUGAUACUCAGCUUGAUGACGCCCGACACCCCGCCGGGAUAUCCUGGGGCCGAGCCCACGGCUAGCACACUUACGUUUACUCAGAAUGCGAGUGUGUUGGGGUAUAGCUUUUUGCCACUGGUUCUUACGGCGCUGGUUGGUGUGGUCAUGCCUCUGGAUAGCAUGGCGGGAUACAUCAUUACGAGCUUGGCCAUUUGCUGGUCGACUUCAAGAUCAAGCGCCAUCUUCUGUGCCGUUGGCAAAAUGAAGGAUAUGCGCGGACUGGUGGCGUAUCCAGUAGCCCUGUUCUACGUUGGAUUCGGCAUCAUCACCAUCUUCAACAGCCGAGGAAAGGCGCAAUGA